UUCCGAUCAGGGGCAUCGGUUCACUCAUCCUCGGUCCCAUUGGUCUGUCGGCUGGAAACACUUGGUCUCUAUUCACUUUCGUUUCGUUCCAUUAACAUUUCGUUCGGUCACGCGCACACCGGCACGCGUCGUUUGACUUUCCAGUGCUUCCGUUUUGGUGUUCGGGUAAUAAUGCGACGUUUGUCCGUCUCGGUCAAGCUCGUCGACGCGACACGCGAUCGAAGUGUCCUCUGAACUUCGAUUUCCUAACAACUAACACGACGGUUUCUAGUCGUUCGCUUUCGAAAAGCCGUAUAUCAGUGUAACGAAGCAUCGAGGACGACUUAUCGACGGUGAUACGAGUCGUUUCGCGAAACGAGCGAGUGAAACGCGUUUGUUUUGUCAAGUAUAGGAAACGUACGACACGGUUGUUGUCCAGGAGCGGUGUUCGCCAAUGACGGCUGCUGAUUCGAGAAAAAUGCCGGUGCUGAUCGGCGCGGAAGAGGAAGACGGGAUACGGAGCACCGGCUGCUGAAGCAACUGGACGGAAAAGUCGCUUUGGAUUGCUGUAUCGAGGUCGUGCGUGGUGGACUGUCAGCGAAGAGAAUCGUCGGUUAUUCGGGGACUAGCAAGUGUUCCUCCGAGCCGGAAGACUCACGAUAGUUCCGCGUGUGUACGAGAAAGUGCGACGCUAAUGAGCAAGGCUUGAACCUGGGUUGGACCACUGGAACACCUCUGACCGUGUCCACGAGGCAAGUUUGUCGCAGCUUCCUACCCGGUAAUCGAUCGACGAGACUCGUUCAUUGCUCCCCAGAACGUAUCGUCACUCCGUCGACAUGUUGGAGAACGUGAACAGAUGGCCAGGGACGACGGGGUCGCGACUGGUGAAAGCCAGGAGCAGCCCCAACGUGUCGAAAGCAGCACCCCUGUCGAUCCCGAGAAAGCAGGCUACACCUGACCAGAGCAGAUCCACUCCCACAAGUAAGUCGCCGAGAGUGACAAAAACUGCAGCACCUCCUAGAACAACUGCCAAGAUCGUCUCUAACGACCAUGCCAGUGCCCGUACGACUUUUUCCGCGGAGCCAACAAAGACUCGAGCUUCCUGCCCGAGCAAGUCUCGUCGCUCGACGCCUGCUGACGGUCGCGUAGAGACUGCUAGGUGCCCGUCGACGAUCAUGCGAACAGAGAAGAGGCAAGUAACGAGAUCGAUCAGUUCCACGUCAUCCUGCACGAUCCUGGAAGAUCGGACACUUUUGAAAAAGGGUUUAUCCUACGCCCCUGCGAAAUUGCCGAAAAAGCCCGAAGCUCUGAGAAAGAAGGCCUCCCUGGAUAGAUCCGUCAGCCUGGGCUGCGUGUCCGUGGACAUCCGAGGGUCCGAGGAGUCGUUCAGGAUGAACAGUUCGUUCAGCUGCGAGUCUAGCAAGCCGAUGAUCACGGAGAAGGAGAGGAAGCAGGAAAUUCCACGUCGAAAAGCGAUCAACAGGUCCGCCAGCCUGUGGAGCGUUCAGGCAAUAUCGAGGAACGAGCCUCCAGGCAGAAGGACUUUCGGGGGGUCCUCGAGGCCUAGCAAGAUCCCGCUUCUGGCGCAUCGAAACAUUCGUGUGGGUCGAUCUCUGGCCGAUCUAUCGCAGGUAGAUCGAGCCGUGGAGCCGACGAUGCAGCCGGUGCCAUUCAACGACGUCGACCUGGACCGCUCGAUGGACGAGCGUAUCUACGAGAACUGUCGCGAGGCGUUCAGCUGCUCGAUGGAGAACCGUCAGCCGACCCGAACGUACACCAGCAACCUGGAGGAACGGGUGGCGCGGCUGAUGGCGCAGCUAGACGACGACGUCGAUGACGAUGAGCACGCUCGUGCGACGAUGGUCGAGUCUACCGACUGCGUGGACGCUGCUCCUCCUCGUAGAGCCAACUCCGUCUACGAGGUACGGGAGAUCGAUGUGAAACAAAGCAAUGAAUCGAAUGCGAAGCUCCUUCAGCCUGACCAGUACACCGCCACAGUGGUCAGGAUCGAGGAGAGCCUGGAAAAGCCAGAGGAUUCAGUGAAGCAGAUGGACAACUACGAGAAGGUGAACAGUUCGAAAGAGGAGGCUAAGAACGGGCCGAAUUCUGCCAAGGGAUUGAGGACUAGGUUGGAUAUCGACAAAAUCGACAGACAGGAUGUCAUCGAGGAGUCGAAGAAGAAAAAGGAGACGUCGACUAUCAAGGAGCUCAGGAAGAACUGGGAAAAGCAGGCCAAUGGGUCUAUGAUCAAGGAAGACAGAUCAUCAGCUGAGAAGAAAGUGGACUACGUGGUGGUUCCAGCUACCAAUAGUGAGUCUCUGAAGCCUGCUUGCCAGAGGAACAAUGAGAUGAGACAGGAGGCCAAAAGCAAGGCUGUGGGCAAGAGGACCAAGGAGAUCGAGCAUCUGGUGAACUUCUUUAACUGUAAGAACGCUGAAGCUUCGAAGGAAGUGAAAGAUCCUUGGAUCAAGACUAGGUCCACGUCUGACACACCGACUAUCGAGCCGUCGAUGACUACUCUGAAGAAGAGCGUGGACGUGAAAAGCAUACACGAUUACAAUGGGUACACUUCCGAUGGCAAUUGUUCGGAAGACAGUGGGCAUAUGAGCAACGAGAACGAGGUUGAGUGGAAGGAUGGCGUGGUGCAAAGUGAGAGCCGAGAUUUUGGCAAGGAACGGUUUUUCGAACAGAACGAUAUCCGUCAGAUCGGUGUGUUCGACGCUACGUCGAUCGUGAGCAGGCUGGAGCCAGAGAAGAAGCCUACCGUGGUGGUCCGAGGCAGCAUAUCGACUUCCAGCGGGGCCAGCAGCAUCGACAGUUGCAAGGGGGAGAACGCGAAAACCCAGGAGCUCGCCGGUAAAGACCAGUGGAAAGCUUGCAGACCCUACAACGACGAACGACAGAUAUUUUUCAGAUCGGGUACCCUGGAGCGACUGGAGGCCCAGAGAGACGAGAAGCUAACUGGACACAUUAUUCUUCUUCAAGCAAGGUGUAGGGGUUAUCUGGCACGUCGUAAACUCAACACUUUGAAACUGCAAGAUCUGGCGGUUAGGUGCAUACAGAGGAACGUUAGGAAGUGGAUGUCCGUAAGAGAAUGGCCCUGGUGGAGAUUAUAUGUGAAAGUUGCACCUUUAUUGAACGUUCAUCGAACAGAGGAUCAGUUGAAGGCGAAGACGGAGGAACUGGAAAUUCUCAGAACGAAAGUCGAGAGGCUGGAGCAGGAGCGCAAUCAUCUCAAACACGACAAUGAUAAAUUGGAAGCAAAGCUGAGCGAAAUGACCGCCGAUUUCGCGGAAGAGCACUCGACAUCGACGCUGGCAGCAGAGAGAAUCGACGCCGAAACGUCCGAACGCCUACGACUCGAGCGUGAACUCCAGGAUGUGACCGAGGCAAACAAGAAUCUUCAGCAAACGACCGAACGUCUGGAGAUGGAACUUUUGUAUGCGAGGGCCGCAGACCUGAACGGCGUGGCUUCUGACGCUGAAGACGGCGAGGACGGUGGCGUUUACAAGCAGAGAUACGAGCAUGCCGUGAGGGAGCUAGAGUUCACGAAGAGGAAGAUGGCACAGCAGCACGAGGACGAUCUGGAACAACUGGUCGGGCUUAAGAAGCAGUUGGAGAAGAAGUUAGCUGAUGCUUAUGAAGAGGUCGAGGAACAACGUCAGGUCGUUGGACAAUGGAAGAGGCGCGUGCAAAAACUAAAUGGCGAAAUGCAUGACCUGAGACUACUGCUAGAAGAACAAACGGCCAGGAAUAAUCUUCUAGAAAAGAAACAGCGCAAGUUCGAUUCGGAAACUCAGAAUUUGAUGAACGAUCUACGCCAAGAGAAAGCGCAACGUGAAAGAUUGGCCAGAGAAAAAGAAAUUGCGAUUGCGGAGAAGUUUACCAUAGAACAGAACCUUAGCGAUGCAAGACUGGAAAUUGAAUUAAAGGAAGAAAGAUUACGAACAUUGAGUCAGGAGCUUGAGGAGCUAACGUUUGGCGGUAAAACGGAGGAGGAAGUAGCACAACUGAAGAAGGCGAAGCACGAACUGGAGAAGAGAGCGAAGGAUCAGGAAGAGGAGUUGGACGACCUUGCAGGCCAGGUGCAGCUGCUCGAGCAAGCGAAGCUGAGGCUCGAGAUGAGCAUCGAGCAGCAACGCAAGGAAAUACGUAAAGAGAUGCAACAGAGGGAUGAGGAGCUGGAAGAUGUACGUGGUAAUGCAUUGAAAAAGGUGAAAGCUCUGGAAUCGCAGCUGGAGAACGAACAUGAGGAGAGGACGAUAUUGCUGCGCGAGAAGCACGAACUGGAACGUCGUUUGGUAGCUAUCGAAGAACAGGAUCGUGCAGAACGCGCUGCAGAAGCUGAAACCACGCAUAGGCUGAAAAGAGACUUAAAGAGAACCAAAGCUUUGUUAAGAGAUGCUCAAACGAUGCUUGAGAGAUCAAAGGGUGACUCAACGGGUAAAGCAGCUCUAAGACAAUUGAAAAAUCAAUUGGAGGAUGCAGAGUGUGCUAGAGCAGUUGCGGUUAAAGCAAAACAGGCGCUGGAACAAGAACUAAAUGAGACACAAGCUUCAUUGGAGGAAGCUCUACGACAACGUUCUGAAGCGGAAGAACGGGCUAAUGUAGCUAAUCGUGAACGAACUGAAUUGCUGUCGCAAUUGGAAGAAAAUGAAGAAGAAUUGGCAGAAGUCUUGAAGAAGUAUCGGGCGGCAGUGCAGCAAGUAUCAGCGGAACAGGGCCAGUUACAAGAAGCGCAGGUACAGAUUGCUUCACUAGAAGCGGAAAAAUCGUCGUUGAAGGAUCAACUCUCAGAGCUGACUCAACGGCUCGAGUCCGUUGAACAACUUGGCGAUCCAACUGCAAAUAGCCUUGCCACCCGACGACUCGAGUUUCGCGCCAAGGAAUUAGAAAGUAAACUCGAGUUGGAACAAACGACGAGAGCACGCUUAGAAACUCAAAUAGCAAGAUUGAAAGAAAACGUUGAGAAGUUGCAAACCGAAACAGCGUUGCUUCGAACAAAGGAACAGAGUGCUCAAGACGCAGCGAGAAGAUUGCAAAGAUCGUUACGCGAAGCGAGGGAAGAAGCGAGUGCGGCGCUUGCACGUGAGCAGGAAUCCACGCGUGCGCGCCGUGAAAUGGAAAAAUCCCUCGAGGCUAUUGAAGCGGAGACCAAAGUUGCUAGAGACGAUCUUAGGUUGGCGCUUCAACGAGUCGAUGAUUUACAAAGCGCCAUUCAAGGUGAACUUGAUUUGGACUGCAGCGAGGAAGGAACAACCGAAAACAGCGAUAGUGAUUGAUGCGAACAGUUGUCGGAUCUUGAAUCCGACGAAAACAAAGAUAAGGAACCUACUGAACAACGUAUAGCCGAAAAAAUUGGUGAUGAAUUGCCGCACGUCGAAUCAUCCGCGGAUACUUGUUGAUUUACAAGGCUGAAAGGCGAACAACAAAGAUAAACAAAUAUGAAGAAUAUCGAAAGAAGAAAAAGGACAUACUAGUUCAGAAUCGCUAGAUUUAGUUUCUUACUAUCAACGUCGUCACCACUGUCGGUCACAUCAAAUUUUUACGAUAGCGAAUC